UCAUUUUCAUUCAUUGCAUACAAAAGUAUAGACCGGAGAUGAGGUCUUUAUUUCUAGUACUUUGCGGUCUCACCGCUAUUUUGGCUGCCCCAGGAACCAAAAUUCUUGGUGGAGAUGAAGCCGUCUUGGGUCAAUUUCCAUACCAGAUAUCCAUCCUUUACCAGAACUACCUCCGCUGCGGUGGAUCUAUCAUCGAUGAAACCACCAUCCUGACGGCUGCUCACUGCGUUUUAGGUUAUUAUCCGUCUUUGCUGUCCGUCAAGGCUGGAUCCGUGCAGAUCUCUGGAAUAGGUCAAGAACACAGAGUUGCUAGCGUCAGGGUCCAUGGAGAUUACGCAGAAUCUCUGCUGAACGAUAUUGCCAUCAUUAAAUUGGCAACUCCUUUGGAAUUCAACGAGAACAUUCAACCCGUAUCUUUGCCUACUUCUUUGAUCAAGGGUGACAGCGAUGUCGUGAUCAGCGGUUGGGGUACCACCAGCUACCCAGGAACCGUCCCCGACGGUCUCAGGUUCAUCCAUCUGAAGAGCAUGGAUUGGGACACCUGCAACGCUUUGCAAACCGCCGAAGGCUGGAACGUCUACAGUUCUCAAAUAUGCACCUUCACCAGAUACGGAGAAGGCGUAUGCUCAGGAGAUUCCGGUGGUCCAUUGGUCGAUACUAACGGUGCCCAAGUUGGUAUCGUUUCCUGGGUUACAUACUGUGCUGUAGGUGUACCGGAUGUGUACACCAGCGUCCACUAUUACUUGGAUUGGAUCGAAGAGAACAGACAAUAAAGCAAAUGUACAGAAGAAAUAAAACAUAAUGAAGACAAAUUUUCUUUUA